UCCGUUCUCUCUUUUAUUGUUGCAAAUAAAAAUUUUCAGCUCUGUCGAGUCAACAAAAAGUGAUAAAUUUCGUGUUAAAAUCGUGCGAUUCAGGCCACCAAACCAGCAGCAAAAUGUGGCCCCACCGUGCCGGAACCGAGUGACACCAAGGUGGUGCCCGUAGUGUGCCGUUCCGGGGGGUAAAAUUGUGCCAGAAAAUCGUCAUCAAUUCUCGGCUCGGCGGCUGACAAGCGAUUUGCUUUUGCUGGUGCUGCUGCUGCCUGUGACAGUGCCGUGGAAGAAGAGAAAAAAUCAAAAUGGUUGUAUCGAAGGAUGGCAAGCGGCGACGGAAAGUUGGUUCCGCGGCGGCGGCUAGCACCAACGCGAACGCUGCCGGUUCCGGAUCGUCACCGGCGGGUGUGACUGCGUCUGUUGGGGGAGCCGGAACGCGCAGUGGUGGUGGUGGUGGAGGGUCUGGUGCGGCUGCUGCAGCCACGGUGUCGCCCGCCGCCAGAGAUAGUCCCGAGAGGGACCUUUCUCCGCCGGAGGUGCCCAAAAGACCAAAAGUGCAAGCACAGCGCAAGUUCGCCCAGGGCCAGGGAGCCGCCUCCACAUCGGCCUAUCUGAACUUUGCCGCCAAUCCAUCAAACUCAUCAAAGGAUGCACAAAACCGAUCGGCCGACGCCGGCCACGUUCCGGAGCUGCUGCCCAACAUGCGCCCAAACACCGAGGAUUUCCUCACGUUUCUGUGCUUUCGCGGCACGAACGUGCUUCCGCCCAGUUUGGACUUUUUCAACACGGCCAGCCAACAGCAAUCGGCGUCCGGAUCCACGGCCAAGCCGGUCCCGUCGACAUCUGCCACGGGGCCGUCUUCAACGACGGUACCACAACAAGCUGGUACAUCUGCUAAAAAGGCACCUGAGGUUUCUCCGCCUGAAACGGCUAAAAAGGAGGAAAAUGGCUCAGCGGACAAGAAAGUGGAACAACCGGAGAAGCCAGCAUUUAUGCCGUUUGCCGUGCGGAAGCGUGCCGAGCAACAUCCGGAAAAUCGGCGGGUGCAAACGGUGCAAGCUCUGCGGAAGAAGUACCACGAACAGCGAAUGGCCAAGUUACGUGUAACGGCGUACAAUAAACAGACGCGAGGUGGGAAUGUCAAGGACAAGGCUGAGGAUGACGAGGCAGACGUGGAAGAUCCUCAAGAGGUUGAAAGUACUAGGAAAGAUUCGGCGAAGAAAGAGAAGGUAACACCGGCGAAGAAGAAGGUGGUGGCGACUAAAAAGAAUGCCAAGAAGACUGCAAAAGGCGCUAAGAAUGAAAACGUACAGGAUUUGAUUGAUAUUAAGGUAGUUUUGAACAAGGAUGAUGUUGAAAUGAAGAACGUAUCAAAUGAAACUAAAAAGGAGCAGAAAAAAGAAGUUGCAGCUCCAAAAACUCCAGCCAAGGGAGCUAAAAGGAAAUCGUUGAACACGGAAGACAACGAAAAACGUACUACGAGACUGUCGGCACUACGGAGUCCGCAACCGAACACUUCAACGGUGGAUGUGGAAACGCCAAAGUCGAAAGAAGAAGUCGCCGAGGCUCCCGCUGUACUGGACUUCUCCUCCGAUGACGACGAGCCACUUCUCAAGAGGGCGGCAGCCAAAAAGAAGGCCACGGCGCGCAAAGCAACCGCUAAAAAGGGUCGCAAAUCGGAACCGAUUCCGGAAAAAGCACCCGAAGAACUUCCGGAGAAGAAAGCGCGUCGUUCGGAAUCGGUCAGCCGGAAGUCCGACGUCAGUUCGAAAAAGUCCGACACGCCAAUCGUCAAAAGCACACCACCAACGCGAAAACCUCCCCGGGGGAAGAAAAAGAAAGAAGAGGACUCACCUCCGGCACCGGAAGAAGCUACGCCCAAGGCUCCCACACCACCCGUCGUUGUCGAAGAGCCGGCUGAGGAGGUCGUCAAGUCGCCGCCCAAAACUACUCCGAAGAAGGGUGGUGGUGCUGCUGCGAGGAAGAAAAAGGUUGAACCGACGACCUCUCCGGUGGCGGCACCCGAAGUUGAGGAGAAAAAGGUGAAGAAAACUCCGGAACCACCACCGGAGGUGAGUGCUCGACCCAGCCGAAAAACAAAAGAGGCAGCUACGCUUUACAUGGAGUUGAUUGGGCGUAAGUUUAAUCACGACGAUAAAUCCGACGAUGACGCAUCAUCGCUGGAUAGCUUGGAGUUGCCAAACGUGCGCAGGUUGGAGCAGAUGGAGAAUGAGCUCAAAGCGAACGCUGGAAAGAAGGAUGAAAAAGGCUCCGCAAGGAAAGGUCGCCAAAAGAAGGACCCGCUAGAGGUUGUGGACAAUAGUAAGCCCGUGGAAGCACAAGAAUCUAAACCCGUUGAGAAGAGUUUCAGUGAUUCCGAUGAGGAACCGUUGGCUUCCAAGUUUCAACGAAAGAAGCAACAAAUUCGACAAAAGCUGAAAGGAAAAGCGAAAAAAGCUUCGCCGGCGAAGAAAACGCCAACGAAAUCGAGUCCAGUAAAGGAAGCUGAACGUGAGGUUGAGCCAAAAUCAGAGGAGAAACCUUCGGAAGUUGUAGCCAAUAGCGCCGAACCGCCCGUGGAACGAUUACCGUCCCCUGCCCCGAAACCUGUAACACCAGCCAAAUCUCCUCCGAAGUUACAGGCCACGCCUCCGCCGAAAACGUCCAGUCCCAAGGUUUCAACGCCACACACGCAAGCAGUGGUUCCACCUCCGUUGAUCAGUCCGGACGUGAUCCGAUCUCCCGCAACCGAUGACCUUAUCACCAAAUCACACGAUAACACAUUCCAGUCCACGACGGUAGAGCCGAGUCCCGUUAAGCAGCCAACGUCCCAAGCGCAGCCAUUUAUUCGUACGGUCAAGCAAGUUCCCGCUGCGGAAACUCCGGAAAAGCCAGCGGUCCCAGCCGUACCGGAAAUACCCUUCAAUCGCAAUGUGAAGAACGACUUCAACCUGGACGAGUCGGACUUUCUCAAAGGGUUCGAUCAAACAUCUCCGACCUCGCCAGUUGCUCCCAAGUCGAACUCGCUGCUUGGUAACCUUCUGCCCAGCAAGGAAGAAUCCGAGAAAAUCUUUGGAAUUGCCAGCGUCAGUCUGGCGCAAAGUUCCGGUCCGUUGGACACCAAGUGCACCUUAGGCAAGUGUGGCUCCGUUCACAAGCCUCCGCUGGGACCACCCGUGCUGACGGAAUCCCUGCUCGGCGGCCACCUAUCGCCACGCGAUCGGCGGAAAACCAAGGUCAACAUGACCCACGAACAGAUCCAAAAGUGGAUCGAUGAAACUUCGUGGUCGCCGGUUCCCGACGAUCUGGACGCGGAUUUGAAAAUUCUGGAAACGCCCAAAACUCCAACUCCAACGCCGACAUCUAGCGCAUGGGAGAAAUUGGUGGGAGAAAGUAAGUCGGAACCGGUCGCGGAAGCGCCCUCCCCGACGAUACAACCCAAAAAAGAGGAAACAAAACCCCCAACGCCACAACCCAGCGGCUCUGGUUCGCGAGGACCAACGCUCAAGGCCAAACCCGUCGCGGUAAAGCCGGAAAAGGAAGCCCCUAAAGAACCGGUCGCGACACCGGAACCGCCAAAGACACCGGUCGCCGAGAAAAAGACGCCCGUGGACGAGAUCAAAGAGGAAGAAAAGGUCAAAACGUCCCCGAAGCUCCGCACACCUUCACCGCUGAAGAAGGAAACCAAGAAGCAGGAACCGGCGGCUGCGAAUGCUACGACGACGCCCGCCGCAACCACCACAGCGGCAGCAGGCACAAGCUCGACGCAAGCCGAUCGCAAGCCAAUCUACAAACAGGGCAGAACGCCAGUUUACAAGCAAGAGGCCUUAAAACCGACGCAGAAAUCAGCCGCUGGAACGGGAACCAAGUUUGGUGCAUUCUCCGCGGACAACGAACCGAGCGUGUACUCGUUCGACAAUGAGGACAGCUUCGUGCCGAUGGCUACGCCGUUUCGGCGACACAGCCGACGCGAGAGUUGCAACUCUUCGGCGCGGGAUGAGGCACAGACGUCGGAAGUGCCUACCGGGGGGAAGGGCAAGGGUGACGAGGAAAAGGCCGGUUCGAGCAGCACGUUCCAGAAGCCAACGAGCUUAAGCACUCCGACAAAGGGUGGGGUUCAACCGGCGGUUAGCUUGACGUUGAGUCCGGACGAGGGCGCCAAGACGGCGGCGAUUACGGUUCCUUUGGACGAGGAGUCGCGGAAGGUGGAGGAAAAAGAAGAGAAGAAAGAGGGUGAGGGUGAUUCGGACGAGGAAGGUCACACGUUUUACAUUCCGUUGCAGGGUCCGAAUGCGGCAAGUUCGAGUGGCAAAUCGGACCAGCUCAUUCAGGGGGUGGCCGUCAAGUUGGGCACGGAGGGACCGGAAGGACCCAAUCAGCGCGUAAUAAUGCACGCCAAGCUGGUGACGAAAGCACAAAUGGGAUCGAAUACGACGCCGAUUCCGGAAUCGAUGAACGUACAAGAGCUGGUGAAGAGUCUGAUGGCGGCAGGUCCAAGCAUGAGCAAGGACGGCAUUUCCAAAAUGGUCCCUGUGGGAACGGUGCAGCCACGGUUCAAGUCGAGCGAAACGAAGGAGAAAUCUCCUGCGCCGCCACCAACGCCUGCCCCGGAGGAUGCACGAGGAGGUCUGUCGCGAAUCAACUCCAACUCUUCGCUGAACUCUUCCCAGCGGUCCAAGCCGAACAAGGCCAAAGCCAAGCUGGACACGGCAGUGCAGCCGGACAACAAUACGGCCUUCCCUCGGCGGGACGAUCCGGCACAGAUGGUUGAGGCACCGGUAUUCAAACCAAACGACAAGGAGUUCAGCGACCCCAUCGAGUACAUCGAGCGAAUUGCUCCGGUGGCGGCACGAUUUGGCAUCUGUCGGAUUAUUCCGCCGGCCAGUUUCAAGCCGGAAUGUCGGAUAACGGACGAUAUGCGCUUCAUGGCGUACAACCAGUACGUGCACAAAAUGCUUCACCGGUGGGGACCGAGUGCCAAAGAGUACGCCGCCAUCAAGAAGUAUCUGGCGACGCAGAGCAUCAAUCUGCAAAGUCCACCGUUGAUCGGCGGCAUGGAGGUAGAUCUUCCUCGGCUUUAUCACACCGUACAGGAGCUUGGAGGGUUGAAGGAGGUCAUCGAGAAGAAAAAGUGGGCCCGCGUUUCCGAAGAUAUGUGCUUCCCGAAGUCGGCCCACGAUCGCGUCUCCAAGCUGGACGACAUCUACUGUAAAUAUCUGCUUCCGUACGAUACGCUCUCGCCGGCCGAACGGCAAAAACUGUUUGACGAGGUGGAAGCAGACUGGGCCAAGCGGGAGGCGAAGGCACGCCGGAACGCGGACAAGUGUGUCAGCUCGGAGACUCGCAACAGCGAAGAUUCCGACGAGGAUGAAGAGGAUUCCAACGAGGACGAAGAGGACGACGAGUUCUCGAUGGAGUGCAUCAUGAAGGGACGCACCAUGCCGUUGAAUCAAUUCUUCCGGAUAGCGCGCAACACGAUGGCCCUGUGGUUCAAGAAUUCCGAACCAACCGUGGCGGAAAUCGAAAGCGAAUACUGGCGCCACGUGGCCGUUCGCGAUAGCCACGUGUGUGUCCACUCUGGCUCGAUCGAUUCUAGCGCGUACGGGUUCGGAUUUCCCGCGCCCAAAGUAAAAGGUUCCUCCUGCGCCAAACAUCCGUGGAACCUGAAAGUCCUCACCAACAAUAGCAGCUCGAUUCUUCGCUCGCUCGGUCCGGUCAUGGGCAUCACCAUUCCAACACUCCACGUGGGAAUGCUGUUCAGCGCUUGCUGCUGGUAUCGCGACCCGCACGGUCUCCCCUGGAUCGAGUACCUCCACACGGGAGCCAACAAAAUCUGGUACGGCGUUCCGGACGACCAAAACUCCAACUUCCGCUCGGCCUUAACGUCGCUCGUGCCGACCCAUUGCCAAAACAAAACCAUCUGGCUGCCCUGCGACACGGCAAUGGUUCCGCCGCACAUGCUGACCGACCGGAACGUGUCGCUGUGCCGAACCGAGCAACAGCCCGGCCAGUUUGUGGUCGUGUUCCCGCGCGCCUACACGUCCAGCCUGUGCACCGGGUACGCCGUCUCCGAGAGCGUCUACUUUGCGUCCAGCUCGUGGCUUGGGACGGCCAAGGAGGACUUUAGGGACAUUCGCGAAAGCUGUGAGCCUACCAUGUUCUCCGUCGAGCAGCUCGUGUUUGCCAUCGCGAACGAUCAGCGCAGCAACCACGACACGCUCGUGCAGGUGCUGCCGAUGAUCAGCGACAUCUACGACAAGGAAAAGGAGCAGCGAGAAGUUAUCAAGAACCACGGCGUCAACAAGUCCGAGAAGAUCGAAUCGAAGAAGAAGACCGCCUCGCUGGAGGAGUUCGAGUGUGACAUUUGCCGCGCGAACCUGUAUCUGUCGCUCGUACGCGUCAAGAUCACCGGCGACGACGACGAAACGCUGGACGAGGACGAGCGGAUCUACUGUCUGAAGCAUGCGAUCAAGUUCCUGUCGGACAGCCGGCUGCCGGCCAAGUUUUGCAAGCUCGCCUGCACGUACUCGCUGGACGAUAUCGAGGAGCUGCUGCGCAAGCUGCAGGACCGGAUAGCCAACAAGAAGACGACCAAGGGGGCGGCCGGCGGCGGUGGCGGAAGCAGUGCCGGGGGUGGUGGCGGCGGACGCGGUAAGUCUUCGCUACAUCUGGCCUCCACGUCGUCGCAGUCUUCUUCGUCAUAUCAAGCGCCUAGUCACAGUAAGUACGCCGGAAUGGCGACGAUGCUGAAAUAAGUGUGUGUGUUUUGCUAGAGGACGACCCCUCCCCCAAAACAACAACACACACCCCAACCGUGUGUGUGCGUGUGUGAUAUUCUUUGUGCGUGUGUAUUUCUCUAUCGAGAUAUGUUCUAGAUAUGUUUUCUUUACACAUCACUGACCGACGGACCAGUGAUGACGAUAGGUUUGAUAUCGUGCCGUGUGCAGUUUAAGUUAAGAGUGUAGUAUUGUGGUACACGUGUGCAAAAGGUCCUCGAAGCAACACGGUGACUUCUUGGGCGAAUCUUGUAUAGAAAUUAAUUGUAGAUAUGCAAAAAGAGUAAACAUUUAUCCACAAGCGAACUACGAGCGAGUGUAAUUGGUUUCCCCUUUUUACUGAGACUCCUCUUGGUAGACACUAAAACGCACGGUAUUGAACGUUACACGCAAGACGAAACGAUAGAAAAGGACGCUGAAGACGUCGCUUUUCAAGAACGUGAGGUGAAAGCCUCGUGUAAUGUUGAGCUCCCUUGUAUAGAAUGAUGUGUCUGUGGUAUUUAGAUAACGAGGGAGAAACGCCCACACCUAGUGAUACCAUACGAUUCCGCUGCAUUGUACAAGAGUUGUGUGUGUUGCUGUAACUAUCCAGUAUUAAUGCUAAGAUCACAUACACAAAAACAAAUAGUAACCUAUAUUGUAUAGAGCUAAAUGGCAGAUCGAUGUAUGUGUGGUGAUUUGAGUGGGCUAAAACCAAUGGAAUCAGGUAGUCAAACUACCCAUCCACAGAGCGAAAUGUUAAGCCCAGAACUCAGCUUGUGAAAGUCACAUUGUUCGAUCUCUCAGCACGCAGUCUCAAUCCUUGAAUUGAUUACUCCAUCAAAAUGGCGCUUCUUAUUUUACAGAACGUUAAAUCGCUAAUCACUUAUUUUACUAACACAUUACAAUGGUAUACAACAGAGUUUGUAACAUUUUCAUGAGUGAUACAUGUGUAAAUAGGUGUGUUAUUUAACAUUUUAAACAUUAAGUUUUGCAAUACAUAGAGUGCAAUCGGCGGCAUAUAAAA